AUGGUAAGCGCUCAGUUGGACGGUUUAAUUAUAAUCGACGAGGCUGGGCGACCGAUCGUUCAGUCCAAUUUCCGCAACUCAUCUCCAUCCUAUGCGCUCGCCCACGUAGACGCUUUCAAUCAUGCUCUCAUGAAAGCCUUAUCUCAGGGAGCGCAGUCCAGUUUGGAUCCCGUCCUUCACUUCAAUAUACCGGCCUCUGCUGACAGGACCUCUUCGGUAUUGUGUCAUGUCGAGCGAAACGGUCUCUGGUUCCUUUGUCCCGUUAGUGUGGAAGUUGACCCGAUUUUCGUCUUCUCAUUCAUCGACACGUUCAUACAAACACUUAUCGAAUAUCUCGGCGAUAUUUCAUCGUCACUCAUCAAAGAUCACUUCGACGUGGUGUAUCAGCUUCUAGAAGAAAUGCUCGAUGACGGCAUCCCACUAACGACCGAAACAAAUACCUUGAGAGAUAUCGUCCUCCCACCAUCACUCCUUAACAAGAUGCUCUCAGUAGCCGGUGUAGUGGGCUUACCAACAGCAACCCCCGCUCCAUUCUCGUCUCCAAUCCCGUGGCGUAAGAAAGGACUGCGGUAUAACAAUAACGAAAUAUUCUUUGAUAUAGACGAGAGCAUUGAAGCGAUCAUGUCCAGCUCAGGCAAGAUAGUGGCAAGUUCAUUGUGGGGGAAGAUAAGAUGCGAUGCCAAGCUCUCUGGAACUCCAGAUUUGCUCAUGAUAAUGGCCAACACAAAAGCCAUAUCCACGCCAUCCUUCCACCCUUGCGUGCGCUUACAGCGAUGGGCUGACAAGAAAGAACUUUCAUUUGUUCCACCUGACGGCCGAUUUAUCUUGAUGGAGUACAGUGCUCAAACUCCGACAGUCGUCGUGGCCCCUGUCGUUCCCUUGCACAUAAAGACUUCCGUACAAAUUUAUCAAGGCGGAGGGUCCAUUGAAAUCGUAGCUACCUCUAAACUGCCCGCCAUCAGGCCCCUGGAGUCAGUCGUUAUCACACUGUAUCUUGGCCCUUCGGCGGGUUCUACGAACUUCACAGUUACCUCUGCCCCCGCUCUUGGGCGUGGUGGUAUUCCUACUGGCCCAGCCGACAAGGAUGGCUCUUGGGGGUUUGAGCCUCAGAAACAAACUCUGCGAUGGGAGAUACCAGAAUUAACGCCUACUCUGCGUACCUUAAAAGGGACAUUUGCAACUACCGACUCUCAGGUGCCUCGAAUUGCCCGAUCAAUCAACGUGUCCUUCAAUUUUCCUCCAGGGACCCCACUCUCAGGACUCAAGAUUGAACAGAUGAAGGUAACACAGGAAGCAUAUAAGGCAUAUAAAGGCGUAAGAGUAAACGCAAAAGGCGCUGUCGAGUGGCGGAUAUGACGCGUAAACCCCAUGUACUGUACAUGGAAGCAACCACGGACUUCGAUUAGUGCAGCUAGUCACUCGGCUGGAGUGAUAACGAAAUACAUUGAUUGAACCUUCGUUCGGAGACAUACAUGCUCAAUGACGCGCCGUCUCUAAGAUAUGGAGUAUUAAAAGGAUCUAGGAAAGUGAGUCUUCGGUUGAAUAGUGGAAGCCGCACUGUAAUUGUUGGGGUUGAUUAUAACGUAUCGCUCUGAUCCAGCAAUAUUUCACGCCAUUAUAUGGUGGUGAGACGAAACAUCGAAAAGUCAG